GUGAAUACGUCUGGGGUCUGAUCCCUGGCAGAUCUUUGCAAAGUUACUUCCCCUACACACUCUCCUGGUUUAGGAGUAGCAUUAAAGGUUUUCCGGUUUCAAUCGCGAGAUGUCGGACGAUAAUAGUCGAAGUCCUUAUGAACAGGGAGAACUGGAAUCAAGUCCAGAAAUUACCAGAGAAAAACCCAGCAAAAGGAAGGAAAGAAAAUUGUCUUUAUCUCCUGGUAAAACUGAAACUAUUGGUGAUAUUGUUGUUAUAGAUAGAGAUUCUGAAGAUGACACGUUAAAUAUUAAACCUCCUCAGUCGCAAUCUGGUAAGAGAGAGCGCUCACAUAAACAUAAACACAAGGAUGAUAAGCGAAGAGUUCGAGAGAGAAGACAAGAUCGAGAUAGGAACCGGGAGAGAGAGCAUGGUAGAGAAAGAGACAGGCCUAGAGCUAUACAUAUAGACAGGCAUAGAGUUCAAGAUAUCAGAUCCGAACGACCAGAGAGGCCACAAGAUCGUGUCCAUUCUAAUCGUGACAAAAGAGAUGUCCGAGACACUAGAGAGAGGGAUAUACCAAGAGAAAGACUGGUCAUCGAAAGAGAAAGACUGGUCGAAAGAGAAAGAGAGAGAUUGGUAGAAAGGGAAAGACUGGUUGUCGAAAGAGAAAGACUGGUCAUUGAAAGAGACAGAGUGGACGAAACGAGAGAAGAAAGAGAGAACAAGGAGAGUAAGAAGAGAGAACAUUCACAGAUGGAAAGAGAACGAUUAGAAGAAAAGGAAAGACAAAAACAGAGAGAAAUGAGGGCAAGAGAAGAUAGACAGAGAAAAGAAGAAAGAGAGAAAAGAAAAAUGGAAGAAAAGAGAUUGCAAGCUGCAAGACAUGAAGCCAGAGCUAAAUCUCGCCAGGAGAGAGGGUAUAGAAGCAGAAGUCGAGAUAGAAACAGGAAACGAAAUCCAGACAGGAGAGAAGAAAAGGCUUCACGAGACGCAGCAGAAAAAACAUCAGGUCGUAAAAAAGGCCCACGAACACCAGAAGAACAAUAUAUUGAACCCAAAGAAGAACAAAUUGUUAUCGAAGUGGAUCCUCCUUCCUCUGAAUUUGAUCUACAAACUGUACACAGUGGAUCUGAGGCUGGUACAGAAUCAGAAUCCGACACAGAAUCAGAUAGCAGUGGUAGUAGUGAAGCUGUGAGUGAAGAGGAUGAAAGUAAAGAAGAAGAAGAUGAGGAGGAAGAUGACGAAGAUGAAGAAAUGGCAGCAGAUGAUCAUGGUCAUGGUCAUGGUCAUCAUGGUAAAGUCAAGUCGAAGUUUGAUGAACAUUCAGAUCAUGAAAGUGCUAAUGAGAGUAUAUCCGAUAAUGAGAACAGAGCCUAUAUACAAGACUCACCACCUCUGUCUCCGAUAGAACAGGAGAUCAAACUACCCCCGUAUCUCCCAGCUAUUCAAGGUUGUCGUAGUGUAGAGGAAUUUAGAUGUUUGAAUAGAAUAGAAGAGGGUACAUACGGAGUCGUGUAUCGAGCCAAAGAUAAGAAAAACGAUGAAAUUGUUGCCUUAAAGAGAUUAAAGAUGGAGAAAGAGAAGGAAGGUUUUCCCAUCACAUCGUUAAGAGAGAUAAAUACGCUGUUAAAAGCACAACAUCCUAAUAUAGUCACAGUCAGAGAAAUAGUUGUUGGAAGCAAUAUGGAUAAAAUAUACAUUGUAAUGGAUUAUGUUGAACAUGAUUUAAAAAGUUUGAUGGAAGUUAUGACAUCACCAUUUAGUGUUGGUGAAACGAAAACUUUGAUGAAACAGUUGAUUAGAGCAGUGGAACAUCUCCAUGACAACUGGAUUUUACACAGAGAUUUGAAAACUUCUAAUCUUCUCUUCAGUCAUAAAGGAGUUUUAAAGGUUGGAGAUUUUGGUUUAGCUAGAGAAUAUGGUUCACCAUUAAAACAGUAUACACCGAUUGUUGUUACCCUGUGGUACAGAGCACCAGAAUUAUUAUUAGGUUGUAAGGAAUAUUCUACAGCUAUAGAUUUAUGGUCGGUGGGUUGUAUAUUUGCCGAGUUCCUCACAAAGAAAGCGUUAUGGCCAGGUAAAUCGGAGAUUGACGAGUUAAACAGGAUAUUUAAGGAUUUAGGAACACCGGGUGAGAAGAUUUGGCCAGGUGUCGGUGAUUUACCAGGAAUGAAGAAAUGUACAUUUACAGAUUAUCCGUACAAUACUAUACGUAAUAAAUUUGGCUCGUAUUUAUCAGAUUUAGGUUUUGACUUGUUGAACAGGUUUCUAACGUACAGUCCCACCAGACGCAUAUCAGCAGAGGACGCUCUCAAGCAUACUUACUUCACGGAGUCGCCACUCCCUGUAGAUCCGUCCAUGUUUCCCACGUGGCCGGCGAAAAGUGAGCAACCACGAAAACAUGUCAGUUCACCGAAACCACCAUCGGGAGGAAAAGCUUAUUCACGAUUAGUGAGUGAAGAAUGUGAUCUGGGUUUUCACAUGUCAACAGCAGCUAAAGGUGCUAGUGCUAUGGGUGCUCCAGGAUUUACUCUCAAGUUUUAAAAAUACAUUUCUUGUGGACCAUCGCAAACUUUCCCUCAUAACUCACUGUAUGGCGUAAACCCAGCUUCAUUAGCCCAGUUGAAGCAGAACAGUACGACGUUAAACCCUGUUUCAUUUAAUAUUAAUCGAAUAAUCAUGGAACUGGGUUGAAUGAAACUGUGGAUAGAAAAUAAUAAAUGAAAUGUCAGUUAUUAUUUAAUAUUGAAUCAAGAAGGAAAAUAUUUCAGUGUUUUCUUUCUCCGAUGGCAUGGGUGAGAAAGUCGGUGGGUCGUUGGGUGGGUGAGUUGCGAUCUAUCUGUGGUUUAUUAUUUGAUUGGACGCAUGUGUUGCAAUUUUGAGAUUGUCCCUGACAUGAAGAGAAAAGAGGAAAAAAUAUACAUAAAUCUAUGGAUUUUAAUCUUGUCCCGAGUUCACGAAACAUUCUCAGAUUUAAGUUAAGAAUUAAGUCAACUUCCAAUCACUGUUUAUGAGAAAUAUCUUUGAUCCAGAAUUACAAAACUUUGCACAUAGUUUGUUAUUGUUAUUUGAUACAUUAAAAUAAUAAAAGUUUUAUAAAGGGCUAUAUUAAUAUUGGAGAAAUCUGAUGCCAUUGAGAGUUGAUUAUGGCCAAGAUCAGUUAAUUAAUGUCUAAUUAAUAAUUUAGAAAAUAUUUCAGGCCAAAAGAAAGACCUGCAAAUAGGCAUAUUUAUGUUUAAGGCUGAGAAUGCUUUGUGAACUUGGGGGCCUUGCGACUGUCCCUUACAAGUGAAAAAAAAACUAUAUAAAUCUGUGCAUUAUAAUCACUUUAAAUGCCAUUUCCAUCUGUACAUAAUGUAAUAAUUAACCAUAAAUCAUGAAAUAAAUCAGUAUAUUAUUA